GCGAAAAAGGACGAAGAGCUGUUUGACUGUCGGACAUUUCUUUUUUCGAUCUUCGACCGGUUUUUCUUUUCACAUUCUUAAUGCAAUAAGAGAUCGGCCUACCGACUUACAUUUAAGUUAGCGAAUUAUGUAAAUAAUAAAAGAAGGAGACUAGACCGCGGGAGAGGUAAGAAAUGAGAAAUCGCGGAAUGCAGUUUAUCCCAAUGAACAUUCCGUCAAAUGUCCCGAAGGAAAAGAUGUAUCCUCGGCUAUUAUGUGUAAGGUUGUGUAUAUAUUGUUGACCAAUCGCUGGCGACCACUAGAUUCAAAAGAAUAUAUGAGCGAGUACGUGUUUGGUCGCAGCGAACAAGAAAACAAGCGAUCAUUGAAAUACAUUUAUAUUACAAAUCAAAUGCACGCGUUCGCACUAUAAGCAACUUUCUUGGAGAUUAGACAUUGGCGAAUGUAGUCUUCAAGGGGUCUGAGGCGUCUCCACUACCUAUGCAUAAAUCCCCACUGAGACCAGAAAUUACAAUACUGAUAUAUUCGAGUUACCGAAUUUGGUCAUCUGGUUUUUGGUCUUUCGUCGACCUGGUCACUGGCGACUGGUCAACAGUGCGCACGCAGUCUUACCUUGCGUUCUCUCUUAGCCAGUUUGUAGAAAUACUAAUCUCAUGCAGACGAGUUGAUACAAGCCUCAAGGAGUCGCAAAUAUUCCUCCUUCUUUUCCUUCUACUUUGCAUUUCGAGCUAUGCACUGAUUGCGAGAUUUCGUCGAAGGGAGCGAGAAGAUUAUUUUUCGGUAGAUGAAGAUGAUGCCACUGUUUAUAGGAUCAGUCUUUUAUUGUGUACCGUUGCUUUAGCAGUGUCUAUUGGAGCAACGUUGUUACUACCUGUGUCCAUCGCUAGCAAUGAGGUUCUCAUAUUGUAUCCUAAUAGCUAUUACGUCAAGUGGCUCAAUAGUUCUCUCAUACAAGGACUUUGGAACCAUGUUUUCCUCUUUUCCAAUUUAUCUCUCUUCGUGUUUUUACCAUUCGCCUAUUUAUUCACAGAAUCGGAAGGAUUUGUCUGUUAUAAAAAGGGUGUUAUGGCUAGAGUAUAUGAAACUGUAACAGUUUUGUGCCUAUUGGGAACACUCGUGCUGGGAAUGGUUUAUGUUUUGUCUGCUCUCAUAGAUUAUCAGAAAUCUAGUCUCCAUACAUUAUUGAAUAUAUGGAGCUAUUAUUUACCUUUUCUCUACUCUUGUGUCUCUUUCGUGGGUGUAAUGUUGCUAUUAUUAUGUACCCCAGUUGGAUUUGUGCGAUUAUUUGGUGUUGUGGGCUCGUUUCUCGUAAAACCUCAGUUCCUAAAAAAUUUGGACGAAGAAUUUUUUGCUUAUAGAUUAGAGGAGGAUUGCAUUAGAAGAAGACUGCAACACGCAAAAGCGACAGGUAAAUCGUAUGUUUCGCCAGUACCUAUGUCCUUACCAGGUUGUAAUGCAACGGUCGAAGACGACGAACUUCUUAAUCUAAGUCCUGGAUUAAUGUGCCUCAGAAAUGGCGCUCUUCAACGUGGACUGGCCCAGAGAUUAGAAGAUGUUCAAAAGAAAAGAAACAUUUUAGACGAACAAAGACGGACCUGGUGGGUACGAAGAACACUACUUUAUCCUUUGGCAAUGAUCGCUCUAUUUAUUCUCUCCACUGCCACGGCCUUAUUAGCGGUUCAGAAUACCUUGGAACUUCUUAUCGGUAUUAAAGCUCUACCAUUAAGUACGAGGCAAUUCACACUGGGCAUCAGUUCGUUGUCGAAACUCGGACCUAUCGGAGCUACCGUUGAAGUCUCGGUGAUACUUUACCUAGCUGCAACGAGCGCGAUUGGACUUUAUUCGCUUCCAGGAGUGAGAAGGGUACAACCACGACUUCGUUCUACUCCACUUACGCAUCUCAUCGCCAAUUGCGUUCUUUUACUUGUACUCAGUUCGGCAUUACCAUUGCUUUCUCGAAUAUUAGGAAUGACGAAUUUUGAUCUGCUGGGAGACUUUGGUCGUAUAGAAUGGCUUGGCAACUUUAAACUCGUAUUCUUGUAUAACUUAAUUUUUGCUACGGCGGCAAUCAGUUGCUUAGUUACGAAAUUUACAGCAACCGUAAGAAAAGAAAUUUAUGCCAGAUUGAGGAGUAGUUUCGUAGGCAUAUUUAAAGGAGAAUGCAAAAAGAAUUCAUUGGCAAUGUUUUCUACAAAGGAAGAAUAGACUGAUAUAUCGUGAGGAAGAAACAACAGAAAUGUAUACUUCUUAUUCAUUGUUUACUAGGAAGCAAAAAGCAGUGAUAUAACGAUAAAAAAAAUUUUUUCUUGAUUUGUUUAAUCGUAUAAAAUUAUGUAAUAUCGAGAAUUUUUAAAGGAAAGACUUUAAUUAUUUGCACUGAUUGCAAUCAAAAUGUUAGAUUCUAACGGCGUGUAUCAUCUCACUUGUUUAUUCUUUUAAAAUUUCUCCAUCAGGACAAAAAAGCAAAAGUGCGAGGUUAAUUAAAAUAAAUAAUAUAAUUCUGAUAUUGAAUAUAGUACUAGCGAUUAUUUAUCAUAUAAUUACUAUUCUAAUUAUUAUUUAUCUUGAAGCAUAAUAUACGCGUCUAUCUUACGAGUGUUUAAUAAAAAUAAGUCGGAGGUAGUCACGACAAUGACAAGACAGUAUUAUGAUAAAGACAAAACAGACGUAUCAAAUGGAUGCGUAAACUUUCGAUGGCAUAUUGCAUAAUGCGUAUUUGGCUUUAUCGUAACUUUCUUCAAAAAUUCCGCAGACAAUCUUUUUUCUAUCAAAUGGUUCGUUGAGGGAAAAAUUUUUUUUUCUGUUUAUAGCAUGAAAUUCUAACCUUUAUAAUUUAAAUUUCUCUUAUAUAGCAGAAAAUAGCUAAAAUUUUACUCGCCCAUUGCCAAAAUUUACAAGUAAAUGCAUUUCAAUCGAUUUUGUACGAACAUUUACUUAUUGCAAUGCAUUUCACAAAAAUGUUGUCGUCACUAUUUUUGUUUAUCGUGAAAUUGCCUUGUUAUAAAAGAAAUACAUAUGUGAUGGAAAUGAAUAAUUAAUAAGACAAAAAAUAGGAGGACGUUGAAAAAGUAAUGAUACUUCUUAAUGAGUCUUUCGUUGUCCUUUGAUAAAAUAAUAAAUUAAUAACAUGCAUUUUAAUGCAUAUAGACAGACUGUAUGCAAUGCUUUAAAGUUAAUGGAGAGGAGGUAAUAAAUAUUAUUUAUCUUGCUUAUAAAAAACAGUUGAUAUAAAUGGAAUCGAUUCAAUAUUUAUCAAAAUGCAAAUCUUUAAGUAAAUAUGUAUUUUUACACGUGAAAGCUUUAGAUCCUCUGUAUCCAUGACUAUUUAGCAUCUGUAUUAGUGCUAGGUAAAUUUCUUAGAUUUUUUGCAGCAAUAUUAUGUGAUAAUACAUCUCGUCAAGAAGACAAUACAAUAUUAAGACGUGCACUGGCACUAACAUACUCAUGAUAUUUUUUAUAUAUUACGUAUAUAGGAUAUAAUUUCUCAGGAUAUAAAGUGUACUGUUUUACACUUAUGUUAUACAUUCUUCAAGUGAUGUCAUGAAAUUCUUGCUUAUUUUUACGACAAAUUAAUUUGUCAAACUGAAGUGUUUUAUUGGCAUCAUUGACUUAAAAAUAUUAUAUUAUAUUUUUCUCGAAAGACAUCGUUCAUGUACGUGUGUGUGUAUGUGUGUGCGCGCGCGUGUAUGGUAUAAAACUCGCGCUGAUAAAAAAUCUGUAAUAUACUUAAUAUCUAGAAAAUCCUACGAACACGUUAUUGUAUAUGUAACAUUUUUUUUAUAUUAUGGGAUAAAAGUUUUUAUAAACGUUAUAAUACUUUAUCCGCCGAUAUUAUCUGUACCAUAGUUAAAAAUAUGUAAAUAAUGUUAUUUAUUCUUGUGUAUGUACACUUGCACAUACAAUUUUGUGAAAACAAAUGAA